GAAAGAUGUCUCCUUCCCUUGCAAAACUGAUGGGUUCGAAACAUUCGGGUUCGGAAGUGAUUAUGCAUUUGAAUGUCCUUGAGCAUGCAUGGAGCUCCUUCCAAUGGAUCCCGGUUGCCUCUAUUAGACCAAGAGCUAUGGAGGAGAUGUGAGAGUGGCAAUCGUAGAAUCGUAGCAUGGAAGAAGGAGACAAGAGUCUUAAGCUUUUGAGUGAUUUCACGAUAUGGAUUUCUCUUCGACCUUAAGCAAAUGUCGACAACUUCUUUCUCAUUUGCAAUGUGUCUAGGGAUAGCUCAAUUCGAGCUAUCUAUAGGUGGGAGGAUUAGUUGACUUUCAGAUGGGAGGAAGCAUGGUACAAUAUCUAGGAGCUCCCAAUGGAGUACUAGAUCCACAGUUUUCAUGGAGUUCUUACAUCAGUGGAGUGGUUGUGAUCGAUCCAAGUUUAGAAAGGUGUGAAAUGCUUCGAUUUGCCAGAAUCUACAUAAGAUGGAAUGAGCUUGCCCUUAUGCCAGAGAAGAUUUCCGUCAGUGAAGGGAUCACAGGAUCACAAUUUGGAUGAUUAUGGAAUUAGCUAGUUGCUAUAAGAUUCAACAACAAAAGCAUUGGCCAAGGCGCUCCAUCUAUAUGAAGGAUAAGGCAGAUUGGGAGCUUGUGUUGUAAGUUGCUUCAAAGGAAGAUGAUGUUCAGGUCCAUUGCUCUUGUGGACCAUCAGAAGUUGUGGAGGGGAUGUGGAAGCGUUUGAUUGGUCUAGUGGGGUAGUUGGGGAAGUGUUGCUUGAUGGAGUGACGAACGUCCUAUCAAGUAGUGUAUGCAUAGGUGAAGAGAUGGAGAGAGGCACCACGUUGUUGCAAGGGGUAUGUAGAGGGCUUUUGUCUGAGCUAGUGACACAUGGUGAUGCUGCCACUCUUGACACAGGGGGAGGGUGAUGGACACGUGUAAUGGGCUGGUGGAAGGUGUUAGGGUGACCAAUGGAAGCCUCACAUGUGGCUAGUUUGCGGGUGCUAAUUUCCAAUUGUUUUUUACCUGUGUAUGAAGUUGCUCAGGCCGAGAACUCUCUCGUGGUCCGUGUGGAUGAUCACUAACGGACGACACGUGUGGGAGAUGCUGCUUGAUUUUUCAGCAAAUGCAAACUCAUUCAAUUGAAAGGAUUUGCUUGUUGUGGGAAGGGAUGUAUGUGAGAUGGAUGAGGUGCUGGCUUCAGUUGCAGAGACUAUAAAGAACUUUGCUGUCAUUUACCUGGUGGAUAUCACCGAGGUGCCCGACUUCAACACCAUGUUUGAGCUGUACGACCCCUUGACUGUCAUGUUCUUCUUCCGCAACGAGUACAUGAUGUUUGACUUGGGCACUGGAAACAACAACAAGAUCAACUGGGUUCUCAAUGACAAGCAGGAGUUUAUUGACAUCAUCGAGACUGUCUACAGGGGAGCAAGGAGGGGAGAAAGGAGGGGAGUAAGGAGGGGAUGAGGUCUGGUCUUUGCACCAAAGGAUUAACCAACUAGGUACAGAUAUUGAGUUUCUUCUGGGACGACCUGGUGUUGGUCUCAGCUAUUGGUUUGAUCAAACAAUGAAUGGUCUAUAUACAUUGUUGGCAAUGGAAUAGUCGGUUUGGAUUGAGGUUCAGGUGUCCUACAGAUGAGGCAACCGUGUAGUAAUCUCCUGUUCAAAAUUCUAUAAUAGAAUAUUCUUCCUUGCUGUAUAA